CGUUCACAGCCCCUCAGCCUCAGUGCACACGCUGACUCCAUCACACCACCAUGAACACCAAGGUCUUCCUCCUGCUGGCCAUGGCCGCCCUUGCCGCUGCUGACUUCAGCUACGGCAGGCCCGACAGUCGCUCCUUCGAGUCCUUCGAGUCCUACGAGUCCGACGAGUUCACCAGGCCCAACUACGAGUUCCAGUGGGCUGUCAGGGACUCCUCCAGCGGCAACGACUUCGACCACAAGGAAGGUCGUGACGGCGAGGACACCCAGGGCGUGUACUCCGUGCACCUCCCUGACGGCCGCCGCCAGACCGUCACUUACGUCGUGGACGGUGACGACGGCUACGUGGCCGACGUCAAGUACGACGGCGUGGCUCGUUACCCCGACUCCCACUCCCGCGAGUCCUUCGAGUCCCGCUCCUUCGAGUCCAACGAGUUCUACCGCCCACCCAGACGACCCUCUUACUUCUAAGAUUCCAGCGAGUCCAAGUCAACAAACAGACCGACAAGACCAAUCCUCCUGCUGGCCGCUCGCCCUCCGCCGCCAACACUCCUACUAUUUAUUGCCCCUCUCAUUGUUGACAAUGGGACGAGCCACACUAUUUAUUGACAAAUAAAACAAGCAAACAUAGCCAA